AUGGGUGCAUCGAGGCCGCGUCAUUGGCUUUUCGCAGCAGUCGUCCUGAGUCUCUUCUCGAGCUUGAUGGCGAGCGAAGUACAACAAUUCACGAAUUCGGAUUCCUCGUUUGUCGAUAUGCAAACAGAUGAAACCAAUCGUACUGAGAUGAUGGCAAUCCGCCGGCGAAGAUACGUGCGAAUGGGGUCUACUUAUUUCCUCGAGGCCAAUUCAACGCCAAAUGGCAGGAAUUUUGGACCGUAUCCGACCACGCGUUUUAUUACGCAGGCUCCAUUCCCGUGGAAGCAACACAAGUCCUUCUGGAGAACUCCUGCCGAUUACAACAGGCCGGUAAUGUCUCAUCGGACACCACGACUGAUAUUCCGCGACAACGAUUUCCUGCCGCCGGUCGGAGGCGGCGGCGGGACUUCCUUUUUCCAGCACACCAAUCAAUUACCAGAUUUCGAAGACGAUAUCAGAGAUCUCCGAAAACAGACGCCGGAUGAUUACCCUAGAUUGGAAACAGAGAUGCGUCAACAAAAAAGACCACUGUGGAAAGGCGACGAUACAUUGUGCGCGGACGGACGGAGCUGCGAAUUUUUUCUAAUGUGCUGGAUGACUGCUGGCCUAUUGGACGGCAGCUGCGGUGGCAUUAUGUACGUGUGUUGUCAGCGGAAAGAUCAUAAAGCUCUCACUGAUUAUAACCUGAUCGAGUCACCUAGAGAUCAAUCUCGGCCACUUCCGCUGGAUUUGUACACGGAGACCGACAGCGACGAUCGUUGUGGCAUACCGAUGGUCUCGAAACAAAUCGCGCAGAGGAGGAUCGUCGGCGGUGACGACGCCGGCUUCGGCAGUUUCCCGUGGCAGGCUUACAUACGGAUUGGUUCUAGCAGAUGUGGUGGCACUUUGGUCAAUCGAUUUCACGUUGUCACCGCUGGACAUUGCGUUGCAAAAGCGUCGGCACGACAAGUCCAGGUUACUCUCGGCGAUUAUAUUGUAAAUUCCGCGACCGAACCUCUGCCAGCUUAUACUUUUGGAGUUCGGGAAAUCAGAGUGCAUCCUUAUUUCAAAUUCACGCCACAAGCGGACAGAUUUGAUGUGGCAGUGCUUCGGUUGGAUCGACCAGUUCAUUACAUGCCACAUAUAUCACCUAUAUGUCUACCGGAGAAAAACGAAGAUUUUCUAGGGCAAUACGGCUGGGCUGCGGGAUGGGGUGCUUUACAAGCAGGUUCUAGAUUACGACCAAAAACGUUGCAAGCGGUAGACGUACCCGUGAUCGAUAAUCGCCUUUGUGAGCGAUGGCAUCGUUCCAAUGGCAUCAACGUUGUUAUUUAUGACGAGAUGAUGUGUGCCGGUUACCGCAACGGCGGUAAGGAUUCGUGUCAGGGUGACAGCGGAGGUCCAUUGAUGUUGGAGAAAAGUGGUCGCUGGUACCUCAUUGGAAUUGUAUCCGCUGGUUACUCUUGCGCACAGCCAGGGCAACCAGGGAUUUAUCAUCGAGUGGCUAAGACAGUUGACUGGAUUACGUAUAUUAUAAAUACGUAACAAUUCUCCUGGACCGAAAAACAACUAGAAGAAAAGGUUUUGAGCCGCGAACUUUGUA